AUGCAAACAAUAUCCCGCAACGUUCGCUCGUCAUGGAACCCCCGUUGUGUCUUUAGGACACUCAGCUCUCAAUCCUCCCCUGAAUCAAACCCAAAAAUGACAUCUUUCGGUUUCAAAGACGUUCCUGAAGAUCAAAAGGAACACCUUGUAAAGGGUGUAUUCGACUCUGUCGCUUCGAAAUAUGACUUGAUGAAUGAUGCAUCGUCUCUUGGGGUCCAUAGGUUGUGGAAGGAUGAAUUUGUGGCUUCACUGAGACCUGGGAAGAAAGGCCCCAUAAAGUGUAUUGAUGUGGCAGGGGGAACGGGGGAUAUUGCGCGAAGGAUCCUGGACUAUGCUCGUGAAAAUUUCUCAGAUAGGGAGACGACUAUAGAGGUUGUUGAUAUCAAUGGACAGAUGUUGCAGGAGGGUUUGAGGAGGUUCAAAAAGACUAUGUAUUAUAACACCCCUCAGGUUUCUUUCCACGAGGCGAAUGCUCAAGAGUUGCCCGUUCCACAAUUCAAAGAUAACUCUUAUGAUCUGUACACCAUUGCGUUUGGGAUUCGGAAUUGCACUUCGAUUCCUUCGGUACUCCGAGAAGCGUACCGCGUUCUGAAGCCAGGAGGAACGUUUGCCUGUCUUGAAUUCAGCCGGGUUAAUAAUUCCUUGUUGAGCACACUUUAUGACCAAUAUUCCUUCUCAAUCAUUCCGCUACUGGGAACAAUUCUAGCAGGUGACCGUGAUUCAUACCAGUAUUUGGUGGAAUCUAUUCGAAAGUUCCCACCUCAACCGGAAUUUGCGCAAAUGAUUAGAGAUGUUGGGUUUGAGACUGGAGUGGAUGCUGAUGGUGGUGCUUGGACGAAUUUAUGGGGUGGGGUUGCGUGCAUCCAUACUGGAGUUAAAAUAUGA